AUGGCAUGGAACACAAGAUCGAAGUGGACUCGCUCCAAACUGGAGCCUCCUCGUCUUCCAGCUCGCUUGACCGAGUUUCAGGGUAAGCGCAGCGUAACUUAAGUCGAAUUUUGCAAGGACAAGGUGUUCCUCAUUUUUUUGUAUCUUAGGGCGGUAAAACAGCAUUAAUUCUACUUGCGGGAAUCGUCUAAGCAGUUAUCAGUGAUUCGAUCCUUCUCGACUCAGCUCAACUUCCGUCGUACGUGAUUAGUUGAACUGUUGCGACUUACAAUUUUUGGUGUAAAGCGAACAUGAACUGCAGUAAAUCGUAUACAAAUGUACAAUGCUAUGUACAGCUCUCCCUUUUAGUAAGUCUGAGACCAUAACCAGGUGUGUUAUCACUAGAAUGACUCGGAUUACUCUUUAAGAAGCGGUUACUUACUUAACGGUACAAUUUCAAUUGUCUCAAAUCAUAGCAUGCAACGAAGAUAUUCGACAGCUUUUUACAUAUUUAUUUGUCAAUUUAUGUGUGAAUAAACAACGGUAUGAUUUUGCCUAAACGAGUUUUCGUGGUAGCAUGAAUCAGCCUUCCGUAAUUUGAAGAGAGAUUGAUGAUCACUGUGUUAUCAAAUUACUAAUAUCUUGGACGUGAUGAAGGUGUUUUUGUGGGCGUGAUUGUAGGUGUGAUCAUCACCUGAUCAUGAAAUUAGCAAUAAGUAUGAUAUAUAGGGUGAUUCAUUGUUUACAGUCAACGUUCAGCAGUAAUGUGCCCUUGACUUUCAUGAGUAUAUAGUUUGGUAGUCAAUAGGAAAAUAUGAGAAUAACAAAGUACUGAUACUUCUUCUUUGCCCUUUGACCCCUGAGAGAGACUAACAUCUAAUUUCUCUUUACAGUAGUACCUCAGAAUCAAAUGUAAGGGUCAUGAAAAUAAAGGAAAUGAUCACUAACUAAAGAAGCUCUUUAUUGCCAAACAAAUUCUCCUUGUUCUCUUUGUACCAAAUGUAUAGAGAACAGUAUGGAGAAUAUGCAUACCUGUACUUAAGUGCAUGAAAUGUGAUCAGAACCCUUCCUCCACUUUGCUACCCUCAGCAAUGGGCACCUUUCUAUAACAUCCACCUCCCUUUUCCUCAUUGUGGGGAAGUUCCACUGUAACUAAUUCUGUGUUUUUGACAGAUGCUGAUCUCUCGGAUACAUAUGUCCCCAAUAAAGACCCUUCCACCAGUGUGCAAGCUUUGGAAGGCAGAGUGCCUAACUAUCUGUUGUUAGUUUCUCUACUGGAACAUCUCUGUUCUCUGUAUGAGACUGAUCCAGAGAAAAGCAAGAAGAUCUUUAAUGGUAAGAUUUUAGAAUCUUGUCACACUUUGGAAAUACUGAACACAAAAUAUAUGAGUCAAAUUUGUUUUAAAGAACUGUAAUGGUCACUGAUAGGAUCCACUGAGAUGCUGUGCAAAUUUAUCAUAAAUAUAGGUUUGAACAGUCAUAUCUAUAAGAGUCAAUGCAAUAGUUACAUGUAAAUAGUAUUUUGAUAAUUGAUGUAAUAUUGUAAACUAAAUUAGACUGCAGCAAAUUAGUAACAUGGUCUUUUAAUAACAAUACAUGGAAAAAAAAAAAAGGUCUCACUUAAUGCAAUGUAGUGGAUCAAAUGGAAGGUCAGUCACUUCUAUGAAAUCUUUGGGCAGAUUUUGAGCUUUUGUGUCAGACUAUCUCUGUCAUAGGGCCUGGUGUACAUGUAACUCCCACAUAUCCCUCUGAAUUAUGUUGGAAACAAGCAUGAAUUGAGAAAUUGUCAUUAACUUCUUCUUGGCUGAAAAUUGGUGCAGACUGUACCUUCUUAGUGUUCUCUAUUUUUAAUGCAAUGAAAAUGGCAUUUAAUUGACAAGAACUUUUUUUUUGCAGUUAUCUGUCAGCAGCUUGUGAAGAUGAAGGUAUGCACUUGUUUUUAACUCCUGUUCCUUGUACUUCUGUGUAAUACAUGUAAGGCCUUGAGCAUGCUAUUGUUGAAAAAUGGUUUUCCAAGAAAAACCCUUUCAUGGGCCAUAGGAGUCAAAGGGUUAAGAGGUUACAUUAUUCAACUGAUUUACUUUUUUCCAGGUGAUGCCCCCCUUUUCAUUUCUUGAGGAAUUCAGUGUUAUCAGGGCAAAAUACAAAACAGCUUUCAGUGAUCUCAUGCAAGCUGCUGCAAGGACCACUGGAACAGAUGUAAGAAAGCAUGUUUAUGCCAUGGCAUUUUGGACUUGAGAUUGGGAGUGGGAUACUGUUGGAAUAUAUGAGGUUGUAAUGAAUAUAUCUGGAGUUUUCUAAUCCUUGAGCCAAAUUGCAUACUCCUGUCAUUUUCCCCUUUUGUGAUAAAUAAAACAAACAGUGGGGGAAAACAAACCUUGUUCAACUUAACACAUUUCAAAAAGGUACAUCAGUACAUCAAACUUUUUUUGUAGGUUAAAUAAGCAGAUGAAACACCUGAACUGGUUAAUCAACCAUAAUGUGAAAAUCUUGAGAAAAAAUAAUGAUGUCAUACUCUGAACCUUAUGUGCUGAUUGGUUUGUUGUGCCAGUCAAUUAUUACCCUACACACACCAUUUGAGAAUUUUUUGCCUUUUCAAUAUAACUGUGCCUCAACUCUGCAAUGCAGCCACAUCCUCUGCCUCACAACCUCAUGUGACUCUCCCUUUGGGUCAGGAUGAGGAGUAUAAUUUACAGGAACUCAGGUUGAAAGUAUGAAAAAUGUUUGUUAAUGUGUUUGAUAUGUUACUGAAAUUUCAGCUCCUUAGUUUCCCAUCUGGGUUGAGGAAUAAGGGCCCUUUUGGCAGAUGUAUGUGUAGGUAAGAAAUUUGGUGGUUAUACAUUCACUUGUUUUCCUUAGAGCAGAAAUGAACUUUCUUGUUUGGAUAAAUGUUUCUAAUUAUGUGAAUUCAAUCCCCAGAGUUAUUUAUUUUCUUUUGAUUUCACCCUGGCUUGUCUCUUCAGGAGCCUAUCUGCUCCCCAUAAAAUGCAGGAUCUUUUGCAAAAUGGAACUUCUCGUUAUAAGGAGGAGUUUGUUGAGAUCAUACGACUUGGUAAAGGAGGCUUUGGAAGUGUUUUCAAGGUUUGUGGCCCAACCAUAGCUUUGGGAGUAGGUGAAAGUUUUUAUCAUCAUGGGCAUUUAUUAAGUAUAAAACUCAAGACUGAAGUUACUUCUUGUUUUUUUCUUUUAAGGUGAAAAACAAACUUGAUGGAAGAGAGUAUGCAGUAAAAAAGGUUCCACUGAAAGAAACAAAUCCUGAUCUUUGUUUGAAGGUAUACACAAAAAUCCAGUACUCCACAAACGGUAACUGUACCUUUGUAAGCCAUAUGAGUUUUUUUUGUAAUUAUGUGUGCUGGACUCUGGGUCAAGAGGUCUGGGUUCAAAGCCUGGCCAGGUCAUUGUAUGUUAUAUUCUUGGGCAAAACACUGUACUUUCACCAUGCCUCUCUCAACUUAGGAAGAUAAAUGGAUACCAGUGAUUUUUCAGGGAGGCUGGAUGAAAUUCUAGGGGGGUUAAUCUCCUGAUGGAGAAGCUUCCCAUCCAGGAUGGAGGGGGGGGGGUAAAAGUACUCCCUACUCACUUCAUGUUAUGGAAACAAACUUGGCUCAAGUAUAGACUUAAACACAGUGUGACAGAUUCAGUCCUUUAAGAAAUUGUUGUUUAAAACUAGAAAAAACUUUUUAGCUACUUUAAGAAAUAUUUUCAGGGCUUGCAUAUCACAGCCAUUACCACAGAAUAGGACACAGUAACACUGGCAAUUGCCUUUGUUUCUUGCAUAUAGGUUUUGCGAGAAGUCAAAGUUCUGGCAAACCUAAGUCACAGUAAUGUUGUUGGAUAUCAUGCAGCAUGGCUAGAGUAUGUGACGACAGAUACUGUCAGCACCACUAUGCCCAGUAAGGAAAAAUCUUUGUAAACCAUUGGAAAAAAUAAAAACCAUACCUUGCAAGGAAUUGAAACCAGUCAAAGAACUGAUGCAUGUUAACAGAAACAGUUCAAAAAGAGCUUAAUGGGGGAUUAACCCUUUACACCCAAAGAUCAGUAUGCAUAUUCUCCUUACUGUUCUUAAUACAUUUCCUAGGGUGCUGACAAGGAGAAUUUGGUUAAAAAUUGAGAACAUCUUUAACUAGUGAUCAUUUCAUUUAUUCUCAUGACCUCAAUGUGGAUUCAGGGGUGAUACUUUAGGAGAAAUUACAUGUUGGUCACCCUUGGGGGGUUAAAGGAUCCAUACAGAGAGGAAAAGGUGUUUAAUUUUGUGUGUGGAAAACUAUUUUGGGAUCAAUAUUAGUAUCUGGGCAACUGCCCACCUACCCCUCCCCUAACUCAUCAACAGUCAAUUGAUAACAAGUUAGGGUUAAUGUUGGGUUAGGGGAGGGGAAGGUGGGCAGUUGCCCAGAUACUGAUAUUGAUCCCUAUUUUGCUCGUAAACCUUAGAAUAAUAUAAUUUGUGUUCUUUCUGCUCUCAUAAGGUAUCUUCGACUUAAUGCUCUCCUAACACCAGUUAUGAUAAGAGGUUUCAGAAAAGGUUGUAGAUGGUGACUGAUUGAAGUACUUUUCUCGUCAGGAGUAGCUACGGUUCCCACAAACCUACAGGAAUUCAGUGAUCUUUCUUCUUUAAAUGGAAUUCACAGGUAGGUACCCUUCUUUAGUAAACUUGAAUUUGUCAGCACAUGUGUGAACCUGUUCCACGACGUAAAUUACUGGCUUGUUCUCUGUAGCUCGCUGGUGGAGCAUCUGUCUAGAAAGCCAGAAGGUAGGUGGUUGGAAUCCUGGCUCAAUGGGAACUCGGACUUUUUUUGUCCUAGGCUUGCAACAAAUGUUCAAAACUUUUUCUUCAUCUGGAACUUGUGUUAUGAGAGGCUGCAGUCUUGCUUUAUUGUUCAUUCUCAGUGCAAAACUCCUUAAACCCCAUCACACCAGCAAAACAUGUUAAAAUGAACUAGGUUUGACUGAAAGAAAAUCAGCCACAGAAAACUAAGAAACUGAAUUUUACACAAGGUUUAGGUGAUCUUUAACUUAUAUUUACGUUGUGCUACAUUUGACAAACGUCGACAAACGUCUCUUUAUUCUCUACACUAUUCCCUAUACAUUUCCUAAGGUGCUGACCAGGAGAAUCAGUUUGAAAAUCAAGAGCUUCUUCUGUUAGUGAUCAUGUCCUUUAUUCUCGUGACCUUAAUGAGUGAUUUAGGGGUUAUAUUAUAAGGAGAAAUUACAUGCCAGUCACUCCAAGGGGUUAAAAGGUUAGACACGUCUCUCUUUUCAGGAUCAUGGAAGUUAGUCAAGAUAGCCAAAACAGCAUAGUGUUUGAAAGUUCAUCUCAGGAUCCCUCUAAUAGUGGCAUUGUGUUCAUGGCUGAUGAUGACUCAGUGGGGACUGGGAGCCAGGCGGAAGGAAAGCAGCGUGGUGCCCAUGGUAUGAUGCUUACCAGUCGUUUUAUACCCAAGGACGUUUCGUACUCAGUUGAUUCGUACCCUGCUGGGACCAUUCGUAUACCCAGUUUGUUUAGCCGUUUCGUACCCAUGGUCAUAAACUAUGUUUUCCUUGUGAGUAUGUUUUCGCUUGUAACAAUCGACGUCUGUUCACAUUCGCGCGUGAGGUAUUUCGUGGAAUCUCCUAGAUUUUGAUCGUCACUGAAUGUUUCGGCGGGUGCGAAUCGACCAGCUGAUUGGGCAGAAACCGACUCAAACUGGGUACGAAUCGUCUGAAUUUGGGUACGAAUCGCCUGAAUACGAAACGUCCGAGGGUGCGAAACGACUGGAUACUGAUAUGGUAACCGAGUCGCUUUUGCUGGUUUACGCAAGUGGUGAAGAGAACGUGUAAGUAAUGAGAUAGAUUUAGAAUGGUGGUGAAUUUGAUAUUAGAAAUACUACGAUCUCCCUCAAUCUAUUUACACUCACAACACCUCUGAAAUUUCUAAUCCUAUCACUACGCAAGACUCUUCUCACAUUCAAACCCACAGCCCUCUUCAAAUUUUGUUGAAACAGCUUGACCCCGCUCCACUCCCAAUGUUGCGCUCCAGUUUUUUCUCUACCAAUAUUCUCUUUCUUUACUGAAAUAUCGUUAAAUUUAAGCCGAAGAAACUGAGGGUCGCAGAGUGAAUGGUGUACUGCUUGUUCGCUUUUAACUAUUAUUUUCAAUUCACAGCUGAAAGUCACUUGGGCAAGAUCCAUUCAACCAACCUCAGGAGCACCAAUAAUACUCGUAAAAGCACGGCCCCUUAUCAUGCUUCACGUCGCAGCAUGCGUCGAUCAGCGUCCAGUUCAAGCUUAGGCUCCAUGGCUAAAGAUGGUGACCGUAUUGAUGAUGAACAAAGCAACGAGCUGAGUAGCGAUCAGAGCAGUGCAUUAGCAGAGAGCAUACUGAAAAGUACAGCCGUUAGUAAGGUGAAAUGUUUUUUGAGAUCAUUAGAGAAAUUUUUAUUUCAAUUGGUUUGCUCAACUUCGCUCUGUGAUUGGUUUAGAAAGCUCGUGCCGCCAUCAAAAACCAAUCAGAUACAAAACUAAAACCAAUUCCAGCUUGGUCACUCGCGUUUUCCCGCGCCUUAUGCUGGUUGUCCGCUUUUACUUUGAGUUUUCAUUAGUUGAUGAUAACGUCAAUUUUUUUUCUGAUUGGUAAUUGUGAUCACUUUGGUUUUGCUUUUUUAACACUUUUGAAAACUGCUCUUAUGCAAUUACAAUCUGAAUCUACGGAUUAAAACCCAAUCUGAUAAAGUGUAACGUGGAAAGUUAGCAGGUUUCCAAUUUUGUAGAUUGCCCUAGAUCUGCAAAAUUGGUCUACCAUAUCCCUUCUCUCUUAAUAACUCUUUACGAAGAUCAGUUCAAAGAACACAAUUAAAACACAACAUCGCUAAAAGUUUAUUUUUCAUUCAUUUUUAUCCGCAAAAACACAAAAAGUGGAAGCGAGAGUGUUAGGGAAGCGCUGUCAGAGAAUAAGAACAUUGCAUGUCUUUUUUUGUUUGUGUGGUUGUUGGCCUGCGUUGUUUGUUUCAAUAUGUUCAUUCAUUGUGUCAUCAGCGUCUAGGAAUGUUGCUGUUUAUUCAGAUGCAGCUCUGCACAACAACACUGCGAGACUGGCUGGUGAAACGUAACGAGGAAAUCUCCCACACCACUGGUAAGUACCAAGGGAAAGAGUUCGUAUCGAUCGGUAGUAUUUCACUGAACGUUUUAUUUCUUCCUUUCUUGUCAGACGGCCAAGUCGACAAAUCAGCUGUUGUGGAAAUUUUUCGCCAAGUUGUGGAAGGCGUGAGCUACAUUCACUCUCAAGCGCUUCUUCAUCGAGAUUUGAAGGUAACAGCAUCUGCAAGUGAUAUAGCUAUCACGAAAUGUGUACCGAGUGUGCGUUUCUACUCUUUCGUUUCUACUUCAUCUUUCUCUCUCUCUUUUCCCCAACGAUCCAACGAUGAAGCAAGUGGCCAAGUUAGGGUAGAAAGAUCUGAAGCUUUUAUUUGUUACGCAAUCGCUUUUACAAGAGAUUGAAAAAAUAACUUUAACAAAAUGUCUGUAACAGUGAAAAUCGUGAGGUUGACCCAAUUUACAAACGACCGCCAUUAAAGAAAGGCGACAAUCUAAACUUUAGAAAUGAUUCACAUAUCAUGUUCACAAGUAUUUCACUUAAUAUUCGUGCAAGUCUUCGAUUAUUAAGAAAUAGAGUCAACGAUCCAGCGUGCAAGACUUCUCUGGGAAAGGAAUUCCACACAUUAACUGUCCACACAAAGAAAGAUGCUAGUAACAAUUGCGAGUAGGUGCUUUGUAUACGCGAAGUUUAGUCGCACACAAGUGUAAUUUCAUUACCACUCUCUUUUCCAGCCAAGAAAUAUCUUUCUCCAAGGACUCAGACAUCCAAAGGAAGAACGAUAUAGUUUCCAGGUCAAAAUCGGUGACUUUGGUUUGGCUCGGAAAGAAGUGGUCGUGAGUCCUGGAGCUAGUAGUCCGCUGGCCAGUUUGAUUGAGCCACUCACCCCGUUAUUUUCUCCAGGUAUGAAAGUGCUGUAUUACCAGCUUAAUGUGUUGUUGUAAUUUCGAAGUUUCAAGGUAACAUUUAUCUGAUUAUAUCAAACAGGAUGUUCUGGUAAAGAUGUUCCCACCGCUGGUGUUGGCACAUGCACUUAUGCUUCACCUGAGCAACUAAGGAACAACAUAUACGAUAACAAGGUGAAUUUAUAAGACUCACAGCAGAGUGCUCUUCGAUCGAGUAUCGGAAUACUAAAACGGAGUAAAGACAACGGUGAAUCAAGAGAAAGGAAAAUAUCACGAGGAAGCAAUCAGGAGUCAGAGUUGUUUGUACUUUUUUCAGGCAUCGGAUUGGUUGAGGCGAUGGACCAGGAGCAGUCCCUGAGCCGAAAGUUUUUUGAAGUGGAAACAUAGUUAAACGCCGUUUUUCACCAAAGUUACUCCAUAGGUCAUUCGUUUCCUUUGAUCUCGACUAAAUUGUAAGAACCAAGGUUUAGUGGGUUGUAAUCGUAAUCUUAGCUAAAAGUCUGCUUAUAAUUUAACAAGAUAUUUCGGAUUUUCUUUGUUUGCUCAACUGACUUAUUUACGUCCUAUCCGUCUUCUCGGAUAGGACGUAAAACCGUAGGCCCCGUCUCCUGCAGGGUUGGGGUAGGAGACGUUAAUUUCCCACGCACGAGAUUACUGUGUGGUGGAUGUCCUCCCCUGGGGUGGGAUGGGUGGAAGAAACACUAAUUGUAAAGCGCCUUUGAUCAUCCAAAUGUUAAAGGGCGCUAUAGAAGUAAAUAAAUUAAAUUAAAAAUGAAUUGUAAAGCGCUAUUGAAUAGCAAUAGAAAUAGUGCUAUAUAAAUACUGUAUUUGUAUUUGUUAUUUGUUGACUUAGGCGGAUAUUUACAGCUUGGGAAUUAUCCUCUUCGAGCUGUACUGUCCUUUUGGUACUGAGAUGGAACGAGUAAAGAGUAUAAAAGAUCUCAGGCAGGGAAGGUUACCAGAAGACUUCUGUGAGAAAUGGCCAGAAGAGGUUAGAGUAACAUAUUUUAAUCAUCUUUGUUACAUAGGUGCGCUUCGCAGCCAAGUUAGGGUCCAUUCCCUUGGCUGUAUCGUUUUUUGAGCGCUUUUCGGUCGCCUCUUGUAAAGCCAGAAACAAAGUUACCAUGACAGCCAAUCAGGCAAAGAAAAAUAUCGCCAAGAGGCGAUGAGAAAUCAAAGUAAAAACAGGUAAACAAAUGAAUAAAAGGGGAAAGUUUCUAAAGAAACUGUGGUGGUGCAUCGGUGGGAGAGUAAAGCAGGUAAUUUAGUGUUAACAACUGAGUUGAAAACGUAAAUUAGCCGCCUUAAAGGGAGAAAAAGCUGACGUUUCGAGCGUUAGCCCUUCGUCAAUCGCUCUGACGAAGGGUUAACGCUCGAAUCGUCAGCUUUUUACCCUUUACGGUGGUUAUGUUACGUUUUCAACUCAGUUGUUAACACUAAAUUAUCUAAAAACAGGGAAACAGCCUGAAGUGAGGUAAAACGUUGAUGACCAAGUUGCCAAUUAAAGCUAAUUAAAGCAAAACCAAUGCAAUCCAAGCUUCCUUCGGAAACUCCAAGGAAAAUUCAUCCAGUGGACUUUAUGUUUUGUCGGAAAGGUCGUUGGACUUAUCAUUGGACCGGUAUUGAAUAUUACCAAGAUCGUUUAUUCACCGAACAAAUAACAAGAUAAGUUUAUUCUUGUGCCGCUACAAAUAUCCUCCAGUGGGACUGCACUCAAUCGUUUAGUAUUAAACAUUUUUUAUUAAGAUAUCGCGAAUGGACUCCGUGAAUUGAGACCGGUGUAAUUUUUGAACCCCAGGCUCAGUGGUAGAGCAUCGGAGCGCAAAUCCGAAGGUCUGAGGUUCGAUUUCUCAUGGGGACUCAGAAUUUUUCCUUUGUCCCACGCUUGUGAUAAGACGAAAAAACAUCUUUCUUAAUUCUUUACCGAGCUCAAAACUUACCAUCUCUACUAUUUCUACCCAAAAUUGUUGCCUUACUUCGCUGUUAAUAUAACUUAGCGUAAGGUUUUUGUCAGAUGUUGCAGGCAAAGUUACGUAACUUAACAGAAGACGUGAAUACUGUGUUAAUAAAAUUGUUGCAGCAUCGGCUAGUCAUUGAUUACAAUUGAAAUUUUUACCGGAGAGUCUGUUCAGAGAAUUAAAAAGGUAAUGUUUCUCUGACUAAUAGGCUGCCGACACAGUUUUUGGGGAAGAUUUCUCUCCUACUAGAUCGAAGAUAAAGAUAAAGAAGAUAAAGUUCUAUAACCAAGAUAAAGAUAAAGAUAAGAUAAAGAUAAAGAUUGUUUUACAAUUAUUGAGCGAAUCAUAAAAAAAGGUGAACAAAGCAGUUUAGCUGCUAUUCAUUUUAAAACAUGUCACAAACCUCAAGUGCUAGAAUACGCUUUUUAACUAAAUCGAGAAUGGUUUUGCAUGCAAGUAAACAUGUUCUUUGUUAAGUUAUCGAAGCAACAGGUUGGUUUCAAACUUUUUAUAAAUCAUGACAAGUCAAAAGACGCUUUGUAUUGUCAUGUUUCGUUGUAGUCUAAGCUGAUAUUGGAGAUGGUAGCUGAAAACUCUGGCAACCGGCCUACAGCAGAGUCUCUUCUUGAGCUUGGCUUCUUGAAAGCAAAGCACACGGUAAGUUUGGAUUCUUCCUUUUUUGUCUCUUUCUUUGUUCAUUUGUGUAGCAUAUUUGUUUUUGUUCCGUUUGUUUGGUUCGGUUUUGUUUCGAGUUUUAAUAAAAGGUAGUUUUCUACCUUGAAAUAUAAUAAUGGAUAACAAGAUAUAUCUAGCAAGUAUCUACAGAAAGAAGAACCAACCCUCUCUGUAGAGGGCUUAAGCCGAAAAAAAUAAGGAUUAUGUUAAAAAAUUCGUUACACUGCAUCUUGGAUUGAACUUUUCUGAUAAGUGUGCUAAGAAGCUCUGCUUCAGUAUUGUUGUUGUCAGUAUAAAGGAUUGUUAAAGGUUUGUCGUUUUGACAUUUUCAUGUCAAAUAUAUAGCACAUAUGAAUAAAGGGGUAGUGUCUAAGGCAAUUGUGGUGCUGCGUCGGUGGAGGGGCUGGGGGGUUUGGUUUUAUCAACUGAGUUGGUAAUGUAAAUUGGCGUGCGUUUUUCCUUCAUCAGAACUUUGACGGAGGGCCAAACUAAGUACCCCUGUCUUCUCUCAAGCUAAGCUUUUUAUUCUCUGGCCUGAAGCGGUGGGGUCAAUAGAGGAUGGAGGGGAACAGAGAAAAACGACUAACUAAGCCCUUUUCAUUUCUAAAGGAAUAGGAUAGGUCCUUUGGCACUUUUGUUCAGAACAGCACUUUAUUUGUUUAUAUAAAAAACUUAGAUGUUUUAUGGGUCUUCCCACAGCAACUAAGUGAUCACCUGAGGGAAAAGGUCAAGGAACAAGCGUCUGAAAUAAUAGAACUGCGGAAAAUGCUAUUGAAGAAAGACGAAGAGCUGGACGCUAGGAUGGAUGAAGUUAGUGAACUGAGGCGGCAGCUUGAAGAGAGAGACAAGCUUAUUGAACAGAUGCUUGCUAAUAAACAGCUCUGUACCACAUGCAGCCGUAAGCUUGUCAAUCAAGGGGAGGAGAUGGAUACAGGAUGAAAUUGCGCUGCACAGGGUAGAGGAGAUGGGGAGAAAUAAUUUGUUUACAGCACUCCCUGUUGGAGACGAACAGGGGGAGGGAACGCACAGGUGACUUUCGUGUCCUCUCCAUAGUCUUCAUUCCAAGAUUAUCAGUGUGAAUGCUGUCUCAUUUGGAAAGUACUCCUAUGACGAACAGCAUUACGUAGCUUUUCAAAUUUAUUUAAUUUAGAAACGCAUUUUCUCAUUCAAGUUCAUAGAUAGGAAUUGUGUAGGAAAAUUUUCAACGCGGAAGGUAGAAGUUAUUUUUGUACAUACUAUGAGAACUUCGGUCGUUUUUGAGUCAAAUUUUAAAUUGUAGAGAGACGAAAUAAUGCAUUGUGCUAUUGUAGGUGUUUUCGGUGUACCUUAAUAGCCGUAUUUAUUCGAUCAAGCGCCCCCUGUGGGUAUGAAAAUUGAAUACGCGCCCACCUCGCAUAAGCCCCCAUUCUUAAGGUGCAAAACUUUAAGAGGUACCCAGGGCGCAUAAUUGAAUAAAUACGGUAAUUAUUACCUCUGAGAUUUGAGGUAUUGAUCAGAGAUGGACAACCUUUUUCGUAAGAUGGCUCAUAGAGUGUUGUUAUUUUUAGACAACAAUUAUUUAAUAUUAGCUUCCACCCUUGUUUUUGAAAUUUCCCUCUGUUCUUUGACAAAUCGUGAUCAUAGGUGACCAUAGCAACACAGCUCUUUGUAGAAAGAUGAAUAUUGAAAUGCUGUUUUCCGGGUGUAUUAGGGAUGUUUUUUUAGGGGCUGUAUUGUUACUAUGGUUUCCUAAUAUGCCAUAAAAAUGAUUUAAAAUAACGAACAAUAAUUGAAAUUUUUGACUUUGUCUUUAAUAGAUCACAUGGAGAAGUGUGACGAUAACAAAUAAUAAAAGAAGGGGUGUUUAAAAUUAACGAAACCAAUUUGAGCCAAAUGAAUAAGAAAUUGUCACUUUAAAAAACUGAAUAGCGCGUAUGUAAAAAAUUGAUAGGACUAGUUUAUCACCAAGUAGAAACGCAAGGUAAAUGUUGUUACUAUGCUGUGGCUUUUUAAAAGUUUUAAUUUAUUUUACUAUUUGUACAUGCGGUUAUGACGUAUUAGUUUUUCGUAUGGACCAAACGAUAAGACUGUUGGUAAAGAAUACGUCGAUAUGGAGUUGAUUUGAACAAAUGUUUCGCGAUGUGAUAUUUUCGUUGCUAGGGUCACGUAAAUAGAAUUAACCAAUCACAUUUUAGGAACGUCCAUUGAUCCCAACUGAAUAAAUUGUGCCAUCAUUACUUAGGACUAAAGCAAGCACAGAUCACAAAAAAAUAAAGGUAGA